AUGUACAUUUCUCGUGCACUUGGCUUUAUAGCUUCUAACGCUACCCGCGCUCAAACACCCGCUGCUCGCUUCGCUGCUUCUCAAGCCAGAAGAUAUGCUUCAGCUGCCAGUGCUGGUCAAAUUCGUUCUGUUAUUGGUGCCGUUGUCGAUGUCCAAUUUGAACAAGACAACUUGCCUGCCAUUUUGAACGCUCUUGAAGUCAAAGAUCACGCUGGAGGUCGUCUUGUUCUUGAAGUUGCUCAACACUUGGGUGAAAACACUGUCCGUACUAUUGCUAUGGAUGGUACUGAAGGUCUUGUUCGUGGUCAAAAGGUUGUUGACACUGGUGCUCCUAUUACCAUCCCCGUCGGUAAGGAAGUCCUUGGUCGUAUCAUCAACGUUAUUGGUGAACCCAUUGAUGAACGUGGUCCUAUCAACACCAAGGCUCACCGUCCUAUUCACGCUGAAGCUCCCGAAUUCGUUGAUCAAUCUCCUACUCCCGAAAUCCUCGAAACUGGUAUCAAGGUUGUCGACUUGUUGGCUCCUUAUGCUCGUGGUGGUAAGAUUGGUCUUUUCGGUGGUGCUGGUGUCGGUAAGACUGUCUUGAUUCAAGAAUUGAUCAACAACAUUGCCAAGGCUCACGGUGGUUACUCCAUCUUCUGUGGUGUCGGUGAACGUACUCGUGAAGGUAACGAUCUUUACCAUGAAAUGAUUGAAACUGGUGUCAUUCAAUUGGAAGGUGAUUCCAAGUGUGCUCUUGUUUUCGGUCAAAUGAACGAACCCCCAGGAGCCCGUGCCCGUGUUGCCUUGACUGGUUUGACCAUUGCUGAAUACUUCCGUGAUAACGAAGGUCAAGAUGUGUUGCUCUUCAUUGAUAACAUUUUCCGUUUCACUCAAGCUGGUUCUGAAGUAUCUGCUCUUUUGGGUCGUAUCCCCUCUGCUGUCGGUUACCAACCCACUCUUUCCACUGAUAUGGGUGGUAUGCAAGAACGUAUUACUACCACCAAGAACGGUUCCAUUACCUCCGUCCAAGCUGUCUAUGUCCCUGCUGAUGAUUUGACCGAUCCUGCUCCUGCUACCACUUUUGCUCACUUGGAUGCCACCACUGUGUUGUCUCGUUCAAUUGCUGAAUUGGGUAUUUACCCUGCUGUCGAUCCUCUUGACUCCAAGUCUCGUAUCCUUGAUCCCCGUAUUGUCGGUGAAGAACACUACAAGGUUGCCACUGAAGUUCAACAAAUCCUUCAAAACUACAAGUCUCUUCAAGAUAUCAUUGCUAUUUUGGGUAUGGAUGAAUUGUCUGAAGAAGAUAAGCUCGUUGUCGAACGUGCCCGUAAGAUCCAACGUUUCUUGUCUCAACCUUUUGCUGUCGCUCAAGUCUUCACUGGUUAUGAAGGUCGUCUUGUCAAGCUCACUGACACUAUCCGUUCUUUCCAAGAAAUCUUGAACGGUAAGCACGAUAGCUUGCCUGAAUCUGCUUUCUACAUGCAAGGUGAUAUCAGCGAUGUUCAAAAGCGUGCUGAAGAAAUUGCUAAGGAAAUGGGCUCUCAAUAAGAUAUUGACAACGAUAGAAAAACUCAAUCUCGAAAAUCGAGAAUUUGAUGUUUUGUGUAAUUUUGUGUUUGUAACGCAAUUAGAAACUAAUAAAACAAAAUAAAGACUUGUAAGAUGAAUUAGUUUUUAGACAAAC